GCCUUCGUGAUCUAGGUCAACAUUCAUUGCCCGGGACGGCAGCGAGCGCAGUGGACCCACGCGCUGCAGGGGUUCUGCAACUCCACGCGAAUUAAAACACAUUGAACCAGAAAGUGCGGGAGAUAAUAAAAUGGCUGCGAAACGCCAGGUCGAGAAUUGGACCGAGGAGGUAGUUUGUCCCAUCUGCCAGGAUUUCUUCACCGAUCCGGUGGCGCUGGAUUGUGGGCACAACUUCUGCAGCUCCUGCAUCACACAGAGUUGGGACAGGGAGGGGAGAAACUCCUGCCCGGAAUGUAGAGAGGAAUCUGCAAACCGCACCCUCAGGGUGAAUCGGGCCCUGGUUAGACUGUCUGAGAAAGCUCGAACACUGAGCCUGAAUCUCAACGCGAAGAAAAGUAAACUUCAGUGCGAGGAACAUCAGGAAGAUCUGAAGCUGUUUUGUGAAACUGACAAGAAACUGAUCUGCUUUAUUUGCACAACUGCGGGGGAACACGAGUCUCACAGCUUAAUGUUGAUAGAAGAAGCAAUUGAAUUCUACAAGGAACAGGUGAAAUCUUCAUUCGAAUCUCUCACAGAAAAGGAAUCGGAGAUCCAGAAAAACGAGCAGGAACAGAAAGAGAGCAUUUCUGGAGUUCAGAAACAGUCACACAACCUUCAGUCAAUGCUCAUAUCCCAGUUUGCUGAACUGCACCAGAUUCUCACUGUGAAAGAGCAGCGCUUACUCGGAAAUGUCCGGAAAAAAGAGAAGAAGAUUGUAAAAAGAAUGGAAAAAAAUCUUCAAGAGAUACAAGAGAAUUUAAAUUCCAUUCAGGAGGAACUCUCAAAGUUACAGGAACAGACAGACCACAAGAACGGUGUUAUAUUUCUGAAGGAGGAAGCUGGUCGCAAGUGCAGGGUUAGUGAUGAAACCAAACCAAUGUUGGUGGUACAUGGCGCGUUGCCCAUUGAAAAGUAUUAUCGCACCUUAUUCUUUAACAUGGCAUUGAAGGAAAGAUCUGAUAUCAUCAAACGAGUCUCCGUCACACUGGAUGCGGAAACAGCUGGUCCGUGGCUCGAGGUGUCCAAGGAUCGGAAGAGGGUGAGAUGUACCCAGAUCCAGAGAAGUCUCCCCGACACCGAGAAGAGGUUUACAGGCAGUCCGUGUGUGCUCGGAUCGGACGGAUUCACAUCAGGGAGACAUUACUGGGAGGUGACAGGGAAUCGGGGCUGGAGUCUGGGAGUCGCCGCAGAGUCUGCAGAGAGGAAGAGAUGGGUCAAACUGUCCCCGGAGACUGGAGUUUGGAGCAUCGGGCGGAAGGGUGAUGGGUUUCAUGCAUUCACCUCCUCUCCAUACCAUCUCCCCGCCCGUCCCAUCCCCGGGAGGGUGGGAGUUUAUCUCAGUUACGAGUCCGGGACGGUUUCAUUUUACGACGCGGUCACCAAGUCCCAUCUCCACACCUUCGCUGGGAAUAAAUUCACGGAGAAGCUUUAUCCUUACUUUGCAACUUGGGAUGAAAAUCAGUGGCUGAGAAUCUGCUCCGGUUCCACUCCGGUGUGUAAACGGGUCGGGUCCCGAGACCGGCAUCAGGAGCGGGCUUCAGGGGCUGUGGGGCAGUAACCCAGUGGACAACAGGUCGGCGCUGAACAUUUAAUCCCCAAAUUCCGCGUUGUGAAACCCCAGUGAGCGUGGAAAUAAAAUCAGGGGGAAUGAAAAUAUGGGAACAGUGAAAUAAACAGCAACUGGAAUCAGA